AAGCAGCCAAUCGCGACGCGGCCGAAGCGAGCGCUGUCAGCCGCCAAUGUUGUUUUCGCUGAGUCGAGCUGCUGGUGUUGUUGGCGGCGCCGGCGCCAUAUUGGAAAGGACGAGGCGGUGUUUUUUUUUUUUGCACCCCACCCCGCUCCUCGCUCGUUGUAGAGACAACAGAGCCCCCUGAGCGCGGGCUUCGCCGCCGCCAUGCUGUACCUGGAGGACUAUCUCGAGAUGAUCGAACAACUUCCCAUGGACCUCCGCGACAGGUUCACCGAGAUGCGCGAGAUGGACCUGCAGGUGCAGAAUGCAAUGGAUCAGUUGGAGCAAAGAGUAAGUGAAUUUUUUAUGAAUGCAAAGAAAAACAAACCAGAAUGGAGAGAAGAACAAAUGACUUCAAUUAAAAAGGAUUACUAUAAAGCCCUGGAAGAUGCUGAUGAAAAAGUACAGUUGGCCAAUCAGAUUUAUGAUUUAGUAGACCGUCACUUAAGAAAAUUGGACCAGGAAUUAGCUAAAUUUAAAAUGGAACUUGAGGCAGAUAAUGCUGGGAUUACAGAAAUAUUGGAAAGGCGUUCUUUAGAACUGGAUACACCAUCACAACCACUGAAUAAUCAUCAUGCUCAUUCACAUGCUCCAGUAGAAAAAAGAAAACAUAAUCCCUCAUCUCACCAUGCAGCAGCAGAUCAUGUCCCUGAAAAGAAGUUUAAGUCUGAAGCUCUUCUUUCAACUCUCACUUCAGAUGCUUCUAAGGAAAAUGCAGCAGGGUGUCGAAACAGUAAUUCAUCAUCCUCAUCCAACAGUGCAUAUAAUGCAAAUUCUUCUCAGCCAUUGGCAUCGUAUAACCUGGGCUCAUUAUCUUCAGGAGCUGGAGCUGGUGCUAUUACCAUGGCAGCAGCUCAGGCAGUACAAGCUACAGCACAGAUGAAGGAAGGAAGGAGGACAUCAAGCCUAAAAGCAAGUUAUGAAGCCUUUAAGAACAAUGACUUCCAACUUGGAAGAGAAUUUUCGUUAUCUAGAGAAACAGCUGGAUAUUCACCGUCUGCUUUGGCAUCUACAUUAUCACAGACACUAAGUUCAUCAACCACAGAUUCACGGAGUGGUCGCAAAAGCAAAAACAAUAACAAAUCUUCAAAUCAACAAUCCUCAUCAUCUUCCUCGUCUUCCUCUUUGUCGUCAUGUUCUUCAUCAUCUGCUCUAGCACAGGAGCUGUCUCAACAAACAGCAGCAAUUCCAGAAUCUGAAUCUAAUAGCCAAGUUGAUUGGACCUAUGAUCCAAAUGAGCCACGCUACUGCAUUUGUAAUCAGGUGUCGUAUGGUGAAAUGGUGGGCUGUGAUAAUCAGGAUUGCCCUAUAGAAUGGUUCCACUAUGGCUGUGUUGGAUUGACAGAAGCACCAAAAGGGAAAUGGUACUGCCCACAGUGUACUGCUGCAAUGAAGAGAAGAGGCAAUAGGCACAAAUAAAUACCCCGUUUACCUCAAUGAAAAACAUUGUGCUACUUUUUGGGGGUGGGAGGGAAUGCUUCUUUGCAACCAGUCAAAGGAGGAUUCAUAUAGCUGUUAUAAAAUGUUGACUUCUUAAUUUUGCUAGUUUGUGUUUUAGUAUUGUACCUAAAUUAUUUAUGCACUACUGUUGUGCUAUAAAUACUUUUCCAGUUAGCCAUGGAUUGUUCCAGUGGCAAACAUGCAGACACUUGUACUCUCAAACCAUUUUCUCUAAGCAAUGGGCAUUCUUCAGUAAUCCAGUCUUCAAAGAAUUCCAGCAAAUGAAGAUUUGGAAUGGUUUUAUAUUCAGCUGGCAUUCUGCUGCAUGUUCUGUACUCAAGAGCUGUUAUGUGGAAUUCUGUGUAUAUAAGUGGUGCAGAAAGUUAGAAUGUUGGAUCCCCACCCACCCCCCGAUGCCUUUAUAGCUUAGUUUCUUGUUGAAACUGAAAUUCAGCAGGCUGAAGAAAAUGGUUCUUCUAUACACUGGGCUGGUGUCCUCUAGAGUACUUGGUACAUAAAAAUAGAUCCUUGUAUAAUUGUAUCACUAGUCUUUAUAUGUUUUGGGGCCAUUCAGGGCAUAGGUCAUUAAAACGGAUGUUAAGUGAUAAACUUUUUAUACCAAAUGUGUUUAUUUUUUUGUGCAAGCAAUCCUUUACAUUGGAACUGUAUUAGGUGUUAAAAUUUAAAAAAAAAUCAAAUGCUAGUAUUAAUGCUUUGCAUACUUUAUCAAAAAAAGUACAGUAAAACAUUUCAUGGAAGCUUUCAUAAUAUGCUGUCUAAUUAACUGGAGGAUUUUAAAUAGUUUUUAUUUUUUUAAAAAAAUAUAUAAAUAAAAGGUUUCCAUCUCUAACAUACUAA